AUGGAUGUUUCGCAGCUUGUGUUCCCCAACUGGAUGCUUGCUUGGGACAAGCACGUCAUGGGGCUGGCUGCGACACUUGUGGGAGACCACCCAAUCAUUCUGAGGUUUGUUGGUUGGCUUGUCAUUUGGAUGAUCUCCUCCAUCGCCACGCUCCCGGCCUCUAUACCCAGCUUCUUCUCUUUCCGCAUGAAGAUUCGGCAUCACCAGCUUAUCUUGGAUCAAAUGGCAGACUUCGACGUACGGGCGGCAAAUUGCUCUGAGCCCUCGGACCGGCACGCCAUCGAGAAGCAACUGCAGGAGAUGUUUGGCGAUCAGGACUUGCCCACUCCCGGCUCUGGCGCGGUGGAUGAGGGCGAGGUGACGGUUCAGCGGUUCGUGAACUACCAGGCCGCUGGUGAUCCGCUGGAACGCUUCAAUGCCUACGUUCGAGGCGUCCUUCGUGACAUUGUCAUGAUGCAGAUCGGCGAUGAAAUCUACGUACCAUGGUCGUUGUGUCUGACUACUUGCCUACCUAUGAUCUUGUAUUCCUCUGUGAAUGUGCUGGGCUGUGAUAGCGGUUCUUGUGAUGAAUCUGCACGGACAGGAGGCUUUUCCUCGACGCCCAUGUACCUCUUGUGCAACACAUUGGGCUGGGCACUCAUCAUCCUGUUGACAUUCCCACUUACCUACCCAGUCAUGCUGCGAAUGCUGAAGUGUGUUCUGUCCUUCGGUGACGGUCUAGCGCAGCGUUCUGCAGCGUUCCUGUGCUGCUUUCUGGCAUAUGAAUACACCUAUAUGUGUGGCGGCUUGAUCUGGGGCUCGUGGCUUCCCGCUGUGCAGGACCCCUCCCCAACUCAGCUCACCAUUUUCCUGUUGGUGAUGACUUUCUUGGUCACCCAGUGCAUCUGCUUGUUCUGCAGAUGGGAGAAGCAAGGCCAGGAAACCCUGUCAUCAUGUCGCUGCGUCAAACGACAGGUCGCGACGUAUCAGCCGAUCGACGCCUUAAGGGACCUGCCUUCGGCCUCCUUCAACGAAUCCCUUCAAUGA